UAUUAAAAGUGCGCCACCUAGUGGAAAAGCGUCUUUGGAUCCACAAAAUGUAACAUAGGAAAUAUUCAAAUAUUGGAAUAGAAUGUUAAUAUUGGCUGGUUCUGUCGAUUCCAUUGAUACUUAAGGUCUAGUAUUUGGGUGAAGGCCAACAAUGUCGUUCAGUCAGUCAGAAGAUGAUCUGGGAGUUUUCAAAGAAGAUAAAAGGAGAUUGACAGCAAAGUCUGUUGCCAGAUAUGUUCUGGUCUUUAUGCUUGUCGCUGUUAUGGUUGCCUCCUUGACAACCUUUGUUGUUGGGGUGUUUACCCUAGAGGCAGAGUAUGGAAGUAGGGUGGUGUCUGGACUUUUGGGGGAGGGGAUGUAUCAAGUUGACUCUCUUAUGAUGCUCUCUGCUGGAGCAGGGGCCAUCCUUGUGUCCUCACUCGGGCUUGCUGGUGUACUAUGCAGGAACAAGUGUAUGUUGGGAUUGCACCUUGGAAUCCUGGCCUUCCUUUCCAUUACUUUACUGGUAGCUGGGGUCCUUGGCUAUAUAUUUAUAUCAGAGUUAGAGGACACUGCAAAGAAAUCGAUGAUUGAUGUGAUCACGUACAGGUAUGGAGUUAAUACACACAGGAACAAGAAACAUAGUUCAAUCACCACUAGCUGGGAUGAGGUUCAAAGAUCUUUUUCUUGCUGUGGAGCAUAUGGAGGUGAAAACAGUACAACUUCUUGGUAUAUUUAUCAAAGAUCUAGCUAUUGGUUCAAAGACAACUUCUCAAAUGGAAGCUUGGUGCCACAAAGUUGUUGUGACCCUACAAGUGACAUGGAUCGUUGCCAGGGGCUGAUUCCCUCCAACUCUCCCCCCUCCCAGGCUCCUCCUGUUGUAAACGUUCCUGUCAACUAUACUCUGUACACCACGGGAUGCUAUGAUAAACUGGAGGAAUACAUAAAGCAGAAUGGGAUCAUUAUUGGUACAGCAGCUAUAGUCACCGCUGUCUUUAUGAUCGUGGAGAUGAUUCUUGGGAUAAUAGUGCACCGCUCAUCCUAACAACUCUUUUGACAACUCCUGGGCCAAUGAGCAGAACUCUUAUCAAUGUUAGUCAGUAGAGGGCUGUUUUUUAACAUUCCUUAUAUCUCAUCUGUGAUAGGCUUUUGUUUAAAAGCUGUAUGCAUUGUAUUAUGUGUAUUUUUCCUCUACAGUAUUUAUUGUAGAUGUGGAGUUCUUAUUUGAAAGCAUAUCAGACUUAUAUUGCAAAGGCAAUGUUAUUUUUCUUUUCUUUUUUUUUUAAAUAAGUGUGUUGUUGUUGUUCAUAAAAUAAGUCAUUUUUUACGUUGAAUUUGUGUGUUGCUAGGUCACACAACACUUGAUUCAUGAAAAACAGGGAGAAUUGGUCACAAAAUGCAUUUAACUUUUAAAUUACUUUGUUGUUAUUUUUUAUUCUCUUGCAUGUUAAAUACAAACAUACAAAUAGGUUUAUUUUUUAUUUAAAUUAUCAUUAAUUAUUGCAUCACAGGGUUAAAAAUUUUAAAAGUGUGUAAAGUUGAUUUAUUUAUUGAAAAAAAACAAUUAUAAUCAUUUUAAUAUAAUGAUACUUUAUCAGCUAGAUCUGUUCACAAAUACUCUAGAUGUGUACAGAUACUUGUUGGAACAUAUAAUCUGAUUUCUUAUUGUCUCAAUAUUUAUUAUUUAUUUGGUAUUGUUACUGCAUAAUAACAAUUAUAAACUGAGAUGAUUUUUCACGCUGUUUAAAAGUAAGAAUACUCACUGCAUCAUGUAUGGAUAUUAAUGUUAUAUUGUGUAUCAAUAUCAACUUUCUGUAAAAACCAAAAUCUUAUAAAGAGUCUUUACAGGAGCGAUCACAGAUUUUCUUUAUAUUGCACAUAUUGAAUUUAUUGAUGUGAAAUUGAGGCAAGGCUCGAUAAAUUUGUCGUUAAGGGUAUCAGGUGCCAUGAAAAUUGAUAUCUAAAGAACAUAAUGAAAGUUAAAUAUUUUAUAGGUGGUUGUUUUUAAAGACCAAAUGAACUGUUGCUGGAAAGUUUACAUCGAAAUUAACCUGUUAGGUAUUAAAAUUUACACAAUUUGUCAGGUAACAAGGUAGAGAAAAAAAAUUAAUUUUGGUUUGAAGUAAAAAAAAAUUAUUUGUACCAUUCUUUGCUUUGCUUUGAUGCAACUGCUUAAAAUUCAAUGUUCAACAAAUUCAGGGUUUUUUUUAAUUUUAUUUUUACAAAAGUUCUUAUACUUCGGAAAUAUGUUCCAUAGAAAAUCAUUCAGAUUAUAUUUAAAAACCCCAUACCAAUAACUCUUUUUUUUCUUUAAAAGACAGUUGAUAAUGUAUCAAAGUUAAGGACAUGCUUGGUCUUUUACGUCAAAUAAUGAAAAUUGAUAUAUCUUGUUACAUAUAUGAUUAAGACUCUUUCAAAAUUUCUUAAAAACUUAUUUUCAACAUUUUAUAAUAGCAAUGGUGUACAAUUUCAUAAUCAUAUUAUGUUGCACAGCCAGUAAAUAAAAUCAUGAAAAAACGUGGUAAAACUGAAAGAAAUUGAAUACAUGGUUCUAGAAAAUUUCUUGUUUUUACAUGAAUUCUUUGUUCAUACAAUUUUAUAUAUGAUAUAUUUUUUUUAAAUCUGGACGUUUAUUAAUACAAGUAUGUAUAUUGUGUGAGAUUCUACUUCAGUAUUUCAAUUUUAAUGUUUUUAAACACAUAGUUCUUCUUUUAUUAGCAAAAUGAAUUUCCUAAACAUAAAAAAAGAACGAAGAACUAUUGCUGAUAUUUUUGAUUGGUAUUUAUCUCAAAUUUGAUUUUAGAGCAUUUUUAAGCUUGUUACAGUAUCUCCAGAUAUUAUACAUUAUAAAGUUUCACUUCUCCCCCUUUGAAAAUGUUGUACUCGAACAGAAAUAAUACAUUACAAUAUUUCAAUUGUUUUCUUUUGUUCAUUUUAAAAAUUAUCGACCACAUUUUGAAAUAAAGUUUCAUUCCAUA